AUGUCUUUUACAACUUGGAAUGACCAUUAUCUGGAUUUUAAACUGGAAAAAUUGAAGAAUGAGCUUGAGAAGCAGUCGGAGGAGUCACAAGAAGCAUGAAAGAGCACAAUAGAAUCUUACAAAGAGCAGGCUGCAAAAAUGAAAGACUUGUCAGAGGAAGCGUAUGAAUUGUAUUCUAAGAAAGCCAUGGUGCUUUUUGAAGAUGUCUCUGAGCAGGUCAAAGUACAAGCAAAGAAAGCUAAGAAAUAUAUAUCUUUGAUUGCAGAACAAGUCACCAUAGAGGGAAGGGAGUAUCUUUCUUCUGCAGCGGAGAACCCUCCGGAGCCAGUAAAGGAAGUGGAAACUUUUACUAGUGAAGGUGCUGAGUUGAAAAAAAUAUCUGAAAUUCGUGAUUUUUUCAUUGGAAUUCGAUAUGGUGCAGUGCUGUUCAUCGGUGGAUUUCUUUCCUUCAUGCUAAUUGUAAGCAUUCCAGCAAUUAGGUUUGACAUGAUUCUAGGAGGUGCACUGUUGUAAAGGAGCAUAUUAAGCUUAAGAGGAUAGAAAGCAUGAAAAUCUUCUGCCUUAUUUUUACAGGGUCAAGCAGGU